AUGGCCGCCACAGGCACACCCUCCAUACCAACGCCACUGACGGCAGCACACCCGUCGACCGCAACGCUAUCGCGCAACGACAUCGAGUCCCUCCUCGGCGAAACGUCCAACCCCACCGACCCCUCGCAGCUCCAACGCGACCAGGCCUACUUUGAGGCCUUCUUCCACUCCCUGCCUCAGGUCAGGCAGCUCUACCACCAGCAUGCACAGCUCUUGCGGCAGAACGAGGACAAAGCCAGACAAAACACCGCAUUGCAGCAGCCGCUAGAGGCACUCCGGGCAGAGACGCAGCAGCUGUUUGACCGCGCUACAGCCCUUCAGGCACAGUGGCCCCAGCUCGAGGCCGAGAUGAACGAGUUGUACAAGCGCUUCUCGCCCUCCUCGCUGCACUUCCACCUCGCCCAGUCGGCGACAAAACUUAACGAUCGGUCCGAGCAACUGGCCAACGCCUACGUCGAAGGUCUGCCGUACCCCGUCGGAGACGACGCCAGCAGCGCCAACCAGUCGGUCGAACAGGUCCUUGAUGACGUCACCUUUGUCAGAAGGUACAAGGCGCAGCGCAUGCUCUAUCACCGCCGCAAGCUCAUCGCCGAACGUUCAUCAAAGGGCGACGUACAUUGGACAGAUUGA